AUGACGGUGAAACUUACUUCACUUCCAAAAAAUUUUCAAUUACCAAAAUCAGUUGCCAUUCUGACAUGUAAUUUAUUUGCAUUUAUAUUUGUUGCAGGAUUAUACUUAUCAAAGAAAACCAGAAUUGGUGGCAGACAGAAUCAUCUGUUGACAAAGGAUCACCCAAGAGUAAUUUUAGAACGUGUAAUUAGUGUAGUUAUAACAUGUUUCAUCUCUGUGAUAAUAAUAUGGAGGUUAAUACUAAACUAUGAAGGAUUUAGUGAAAUGGAGUCACUAUUAGAUCAGAUAUCAAUAAUAUUUACACUUCUUGGAUUUAAUAUGCCUUCAUCUUUUCACUAUAUAAUCAAUCUGAUUUUUCUUCCACUAUCAUUAUCAAUGAUAUUAUUUUUUGGGCCAUUCUAUAUAAAAUAUUUAGAUAGAGAACUACCUUUUCAAUCAUAUUUCAAUUGGAAAUUGAAUGUUUUUAAUUAUUUGACUAGCUUGAUAGGAUUUAGGAAUGUAAUAUUUGCACCAUUUACAGAAGAAUUUGUUUUUAGAAGUUGUAUGGUUACACUUUUAGCUUUAGCUGAUCUAUCUCAUGCAAAAAUUGUAUUUCUUACACCUUUUAUAUUUGGAAUGGCACAUUUACAUCAUGCAUGGGAAUAUUAUGUUAACCAUGGAAGAACUAAACAGGCUGCAAAAAUAGGACUUUUUACAUCAAUAUUUCAGUUUAUUUUCACAUCAAUAUUUGGAUGGUAUGCAGUUUUUUUAUUUAUGAGAACAGGAAGUUUUUUGCCACCAUUUUUAUCACAUUGUUUUGGAAACAUAAUGGGAUUUCCAAAUGUUAAUCUAUCAAAUUAUCCUAAAACAAAAAAAAUUUUUAUAAUUGCAGCAUUUAUAUUAGGAAUGCUUAGUUUUGGAAUAUUAUUAUUUCCAUUCACUAAUCCAAAAUUAUAUGGGGAAAAUUCUUUAUAUUGGGAAAAUUAA